GGUCUAAUGACGCUUGGAUUUGCAGGUGCACGUCAACAGAGUAAUCUCUGCAAUGAAUCUCUCAUGUUAGAAAAGUUGCCUGCUUGUGGAAAAUCCUUUGAAGAAGUGAUGAAGAGAGUGGACUCUAAAAAAUGGUGCAACCUGACAGAGUUUAUCAUGUAUUAUGACAACUUUACCCAGUGCACAGAACGUGAAGCCAACAACGCAAGUUGCUUUUGGCCAAACCCCCUCGCAGAGGGUUUUAUCACUGGAAUUCAUAAACAGUUCUUUUCAAACUGUACUUCAGAAAAGGUUCACUGGGAAGAUCCACCGGAUGAAAUUCUUAUAACUCUGAUCUUGAUCCCAGUCAUGUUGACGUGUGCCAUGAUAGCACUAGUAGUAUGGUGUAGCAAGAGAAGUGAUAUCCUGGUGUAAGUUGUUCCUCUGGGUUUUCUUUUUUCUCAAUUUCCUUCUUC